AUGGAGCUGGGCGAGUCGACUCUUGAUAGGAUUAGCAACGUUCCGGCCAAUGCGAUAGAGCAAAUUCUGACGCUGUUGCCCAUAAAAGAUGCAGCGAGAACCAGCAUCUUGUCAAGAAACUGGAGGCAUCAUUGGAGAAGUAUUCCUCAACUUGUGUUCGACGGUAGUUUUGCUCCACACCCCAAUACUGGACCAUAUUUGCCAGAUGAGAAAAAGGUACUGGUGGACAUUUACGAAGCUCUGCUGGUUCAUGAUGGCCGAGUAACCAAGUUUGAGCUCUCAAUUCCUGGAUUCAGCGAAGACUGUCAACAGAUUUAUAAGUUGAUUCCUCACCUUGCAAGCAAAGGUGUCCAGGAACUUGCUCUUCGGUUUUCCGUGGGCCAGAUCAAGCUGCCUUCCUCCCUGUUUACCGCAUGUCACCUGACUGUUUUGAAACUGCAGCAUUGUAGUGUUGGUGCACCAUCUUCUUUUGUGGGAUUUCGUAAGCUGGUCAUUCUUGAGCUUAAACAUGUUAUCAUGCCUGAAGAUUUCCUUCAGAAUUUACUGCCGGUGUGCCCCCUGCUUGAAGAGUUGCGGUUUUUAAACUCUAGCAGGCAAAAAUAUGUUCUUAACGCGCCAUCUCUAAAAGUGUUUAUAUUUCACCCGCAUGUUUCGGGCUCGGAGUUUACGCUCCAGCAUGCGCCAGUGCUUUCAGUGCUAUCACUUCCAAAUGGUUGGAGGUUUAAAGAUUGGUUUGCAGAGUUUGCUUCUCUCCCUGCGCUCAGGAAGCUGACAUUUGGAAUUAGUUCGCUGAAAGUAAGUUGA